GCUUUGGAUAAAAGCGUCAGUAACGUAAAGAAUAUUUUAGUGUGUUUGUCCUCCCGCGGCCACCAGGGGGCAACAUGCGCCCCGAGUCACAAGAACAAACGCAACAGGCAACGCCAAGCGAUGUGACUCCACGGAGCAUCUGGAGGACACGAGAUGAUGCUGUAACGUGGAGACACUGUUAAGUAGGUAAAUGUCCCCCUGCCUUCGUCUUCUAAGUUCUACUCACACAAUGUCCUCGGGCCGCAGGCAGCGGGACGUGGAGCAGCAGCGCCCCCUGCUGGACGAGGAAGAGGAGGAGGAGGAGGAGGAGGAGAGGAGCCCCGAGGCCGAGCGGCGCCUCUGGUUCAUCCCGGACUGCUGCGGCAUGGUGUGCGCCUUCAUCACCUGGUUCCUGGUCUUCUUCGCCGACUUUGUGGUGACCUUCGUCAUGCUGCUGCCCUCCCGGAGCUUCUGGUACGCCGUGGUCAACGGCGUGCUGUUCAACAGCCUGGCGGUGCUGGCGCUGGCCUCCCACCUCCGCACCAUGCUGACCGACCCGGGAGCCGUCCCCAAAGGAAACGCCACCAAGAAGUACAUGGAGAGUCUGCAGCUGAAGCCCGGCGAGGUCAUCUACAAGUGCCCCAAAUGCUGCAGCAUCAAACCAGAGAGAGCUCAUCACUGCAGCAUCUGCAAGCGCUGCAUCCGCAAGAUGGACCACCACUGCCCCUGGGUCAACAACUGUGUGGGGGAGAAGAACCAGCGCUUCUUCGUCCUCUUCACCAUGUACGUGGCGUUGAUCUCCAGUCACGCGCUGGCUCUCUGUGGAUACCAGUUCAUCUCCUGCGUCAGAGUCCAGUGGAGAGAGUGCAGUGACUUCUCCCCCCCGGUGACGAUGAUGCUGAUGAUCUUCCUCUGCAUGGAGUCCCUCCUCUUCUUCACCUUCACAGCUGUGAUGUUCACCACUCAGCUUCACUCCAUCUGCAGCGACGAGACGGAGAUCGAGCGGCUGAAGAACCAGAAGCCCACGUGGGAGCGUCAGACCCGCUGGGCGGGGCUGAGGUCGGUGUUCGGGGGUCAGCCUUCGCUGCUGUGGGUCAGCCCCUUCGCCGGACUCAAACUGCCAACCCUGCUGCCCCGCCGCAGCUGGAGGGGCGGGGCCGAGUUCUCUGUUUGACCUGCUGUCAAUCAAACCCACCACAACGUGUGCACGGCGCUGGGGCCCGACCCAGGCCCGAGGUGUUUGGUCCUCCUUCCUGUCAGGUUGGGGGGGCACUAAGGACACUGAAGGUCGAACUGAGUUUAAAGCCGCAGGAUGAAUAAAUAAAUCUUCAUCCUUCAAACUGUUUUUAUGUUGCUCAUUGAGAUGCUGCGGCUUUAAUCAGGUGACUUUAAAGGAUUUUAUGACUACAUCUUCUUUUGUUUUUAUCAGCAUAAAACCACCAUGAAAUGUCAACAAUUACAAUUGUGUUUGGUCCUUCCUCUUGAUCUUUACUAAGAGUACAGAGUGUACCCACAUGUCCUCCAAACCAACACAAAGUGACUCACUGGGCCUUAAAUAAUCCCCCAAAUUCCUCUUUCAGUUGAACUGUCUGUAAAUGUAUUGUGAGACAAUCCGGAUACGUCAUUGAAACAAAGAUUUACAGUGUUGACAUCUGCUGCUGCUAGCAGGCUAACCGGCUAGCAUGCUAACCGGCUAGCAUGCUAACCCGUCCUGCCGGUUCACCCCCACUGUGGAGUCUCUGCAGCCGAAGCUAAAGCACCACUUUGUUGGUUUAAAAGUCACAACGUUAAAGUUUCUCCAUGAAGAAUCAGACAAAAGCAUUUUCAAAAGCUUUUAAAUCCCGUGUUUAACACAUAACCACUUUUAUUUUAAGAAGAGCCACUUUGGAUGUUUUGUUUUAUUCUCCCAAAACUUUUUUGUGUUUUCUUCGGGGGUUUUGUGCACAAAUUGUUGUCUUGUUUUACCCAAAUGAUCUUAAAUCACCUGUUGGUGCCACUUAAGAACAAACAAAAUGUUCAUUUCUUGAGGAUUUUGAGGUUUAACUAUUGUCACCUUGCUGUUUGUGGAUGACAGGAAGUGCUUCGUGGUGAAUGUGUUGUUCAGGAAGGAAAAACUGAUCAAAAUGUUUUUUUCAUGCUCCAGCAUCAUCAUUUAAUUAUUUCUCACUAGAUUAUAUUCCACGAGCUAUUACAAAGUAUUUAACUCCAGUCCUAAAAGUUUUGAAUUGAUAUUGAAAUGACAAUUUAAUAUAAUGUAAAAUAAUUUUCCUCUCUGUGGGGAUUCAAAUCAGCUUUUAACUGGUCAAAUCAUGAAAGGACCUAAAGUCUUAAAUUCAAACCUGAAAAAACUGCUGGAAAAGAAAAUUGAGAGAAUCUUAUUUUACCGAAUGUUUUUGAGUUAAGGGUCAAUACUACAUUUGUUGUGUGAUUUCUGAGCCUUUUAAAGUUGAUCCAAAUAAACUGUGUUCCUUUCUACCUCUUUAAGAA